UCUUCGGAAAAUUCGAAGAGAAUUAAUGGUAUAUGUUGGUCACGUUGUUCAUAACAGUGAUAUGUACUCUUGAUAGUAAACUUUAAUACAAUCGUUUUAAAUUUGUUCUAUUCAAGUUUCACUAAAAAGCGAAAGAUAAUAAAAAAAUGGCUCCGCAUGCAGAAGCAGUAUUAAAUGAUAUUUCAGAACUUCCAAAAAAUGUACCGAACAAAGGUAUUAAUGCAGUUUUAUUAGGACCACCUGGUAGCGGUAAGGGUACACAGGCACCACUAUUGAAAGAACGAUAUUGUGUAUGUCAUCUAUCUACAGGUGAUAUGCUUAGAGCAGAAAUCAGUUCUGGAUCAGUUAUUGGAACAGAAAUUAAAAAAAUAAUGGAUGAUGGUAAAUUAGUUAGUGAUGAUCUUGUAGUUAAUAUGAUUGAUCGUAAUUUAGAUAAACCUGAAUGUAAACGUGGUUUUUUGUUGGAUGGUUUUCCUAGAAGUGUUCCACAAGCUGAAAAACUUGAUGAAAUGUUAAAGAAAAGACAAACUAAGUUAGAUGCUGUGAUAGAGUUUGGGAUUGAUGAUAAUCUAUUGAUAAAAAGAAUCACAGGUCGUUUAAUACAUCCUGCUAGUGGCAGAUCAUAUCAUGAAGAAUUUGCUCCUCCUAAAGAAUCUAUGAAAGAUGAUAUUACUGGAGAACCAUUAAUUAGAAGAUCUGAUGAUAAUACAGAAGCAUUGAAGACACGAUUAGCAACAUAUCAUAUACAAACUCAACCAUUGGUUGAUUAUUAUGCUUUGCAAGGGAUUCAUUAUUAUGUUAAUGCAGCUCAAUCUACUACAGAUGUUUUUAAAGACAUUGAUCACAUUUUCUUAAAGACAACUAAACAAGAGAAGAAGAAAGGUUUCUUUAGUCGUUUCUUUUAA